GAUUCUUUGGAUGGGAAGAGACCUUGAAAGGACCUCUAGUUUAUCCUGCAACUUCAGUCAAUAUCCCACUUAAAUCAUUCCAGUUAAUAGAGAAGAGGAAACUUAACCAGGGACUGUGGAAUAAUAUGGAAGAAGGUGGAAAAAACUUACUUAAUGGGUUAAGAAAGUGGCGACUUCUAUAAGACAUGGAUAGAUGCAAACAUGUAGGGCGGUUACGGCUCGCCCAGGACCACUCCAUCCUGAACCCUCAGAAGUGGUGCUGCAUGGAGUGCGCCACCACCGAGUCUGUGUGGGCUUGUCUCAAGUGCUCCCACGUGGCUUGUGGCCGCUACAUUGAGGACCACGCACUGAAACACUUUGAAGAGUCUGGACACCCUCUAGCCAUGGAAGUCCGGGAUCUCUAUGUGUUCUGUUACUUGUGCAAGGACUACGUGCUGAAUGAUAACCCGGAGGGGGACCUGAAGCUGCUGAGAAGCUCCCUCCUGGCGGUCCGUGGCAAGAAGGAGGACCAGCUGAUGAGACGCGGGCGGACGCUGAGGUCCAUGGCUUCGGGCGAGGACGUGGUCCCACAGCAGCGUGCUCCUCAGGGACAGCCGCAGAUGCUCACGGCGCUGUGGUACCGGCGCCAGCGCCUGCUGGCCAAGAUGCUGCGGCUGUGGUUCGAGAAGAGUUCCCGGGGCCGGGCCAAGCUGCAGCAGCAGCAGCAGGAGGAGGCGCUGGAGCGCAAGAAGGAGGCGGCGCGGGAGCGGCGGCGCGAGGUGAAGCGGCGGCUGCUGGAGGAGCUGGCCAGCGCCCCUCCGCGCAAGAGCGCGCGGCUGCUCCCGCACUUGCCCCGGGACGCGGGACCGGCCGCCGAGCGCCCUACCACCCUGCCUACCUCACGCAGAACGCCCCCGGCCGCGCUCAAGCCCCGCCGCCAGCCGGCCGUGGCCCCGGGCGUCACUGGCCUACGCAACCUGGGCAACACCUGCUACAUGAACUCCAUCCUCCAGGUGCUCAGCCACCUCCAAAAGUUCCGAGAAUGUUUCCUGAACCUUGACCCUUCCCAAACGGAACAUUUGUUUCCCAAAGCCGCCAAUGGGAAGCCUCAACUUUCUGGCAGGCUGGCCAGUUCCUCGGCCACGGAGCUGUCCUCGAGGAGCGACAGGGCCGAGGCAUGCGAGCGGGAGGGCCUCUGCAGGAACAGCGGGGCCUCUGUUACGCGGAGUCUAGAGCUCAUCCAGAAUAAGGAGCCGAGCUCCAAGCACAUUUCCCUCUGCCGAGAACUCCACACCCUCUUUCGAGUCAUGUGGUCCGGGAAGUGGGCCCUGGUGUCGCCCUUCGCCAUGCUUCACUCUGUCUGGAGCCUGAUCCCUGCCUUCCGUGGCUACGACCAACAGGAUGCGCAGGAAUUUCUCUGCGAGCUACUGCACAAAGUGCAGCAGGAACUUGAAUCAGAGGGCACCACGCGUCGCAUCCUCAUCCCCUUCUCCCAGAGAAAGCUCACCAAACAGGUCUUAAAGGUGGUAAAUACCAUUUUUCAUGGGCAGCUGCUUAGUCAGGUCACAUGUGUAUCAUGCAAUUACAAAUCCAAUACCAUUGAGCCCUUUUGGGAUCUGUCCCUGGAAUUCCCGGAACGCUAUCACUGCAUAGAAAAGGGGUUUGUCCCUUUGAAUCAGACCGAGUGCCUGCUCACUGAGAUGCUGGCCAAGUUCACAGAGACAGAGGCUCUAGAAGGGAGAAUCUACGCUUGUGACCAGUGUAACAGCAAACGACGAAAAUCCAAUCCAAAACCCCUUGUUUUGACUGAAGCUAGAAAGCAGUUAAUGAUCUACAGACUACCUCAGGUCCUCCGGCUGCACCUUAAAAGAUUCAGGUGGUCUGGCCGUAAUCAUCGAGAGAAGAUUGGGGUCCAUGUCGUCUUUGACCAGGUAUUAACCAUGGAACCUUACUGCUGCAGGGACAUGCUCUCCUCUCUUGACAAAGAGACCUUUGCCUAUGAUCUCUCCGCAGUGGUCAUGCAUCACGGGAAAGGGUUUGGCUCAGGACACUACACAGCCUAUUGCUACAACACAGAGGGAGGUUUUUGGGUCCACUGCAAUGACUCAAAGCUGAAUGUAUGCAGUGUCGAGGAAGUGUGCAAAACCCAGGCCUACAUCCUUUUUUACACUCAAAGAACAGUGCAGGGCAAUGCAAGAAUCUCAGAAACCCAACUCCAAGCUCAGGUGCAGUCCAGCAACAACGAUGAAGGCAGACCACAGACAUUCCCCUGAAUGGGAGGCAUGUAUCAAAGACUGGCUUGCUUUUAAACUAUUGGUGUCCAUACAUCUUUCCUCUUGUAGGAAAUAAGGCUUACUGCAGGAACAGAUUACUGGCUUUACCUCACUGGGUCUAGAGUAGAAGGUGCUGGAUAAUUCAUGUAUUACUAUAAAUUUUAUAGUUACUUUCUCUUGAAUGGAUUUGGAAAUUCCCUCUUUUCAUAAAAACAAAUCAAAAGGAAUAACUUCUAAGAUUCUUUCAUCAGUUGUUUCUGAAUCUAGAGAGAUCUGGGUAAAGGAAAGAGGAUAAAUUAAUCAUACCCAUGCAGGAGAGCAGCCAUGUUUUCUCUCCAUUUUGUGAUUCCCUGCUAAUCAGGACCUCCUCCUUAAAGCACCAGAAGAACCUAUCCAAUGUGAGCAGCCCUGGACAAAGCACAUGAGGAGAGGCCCUUGGCUGGAAGCUUGCUGGAUGGUAUUGAUUCCAAGGUGGGAGAUAAAGUAUAAGGAUUUAUUCCCACAAAGGAAGUAGCCCUUAAAGGCUGAAAACAUGCUUGCUUCCUUUUGUAGGGGCUAGCAGUUGAAGGGUAGAGUGAAAUCCAUGGAGCAAAUUGCCCCACACAAAAUGGGUCAGUUUUCAUAUGUCAUACCCUCCCUGACUGCUGCUGUAAUUGAAUCAUUCCACACCUCUGAGACUGGCAUGAAUUCUCCUUCAUUCUAAAAAUGGGACAGUUCAUACAAGGAAGCAGUAGACUAGUAUAUGUUCUUUGCUGCAUGCCAAGCCUAAGGGCACUCCUGGCUAUCCCAGUUCUUUAGCAGGUUCCUGGUUCAGGUCUAGGGCAAGCACAUAGUUUGGUUUAAACUGCUCCUUAAUCAGCUGUCUGAGGCUUUCUAGAACUCAGUUGAAGGUAGGCCGGGGUAGGCAGGGAUAGCCAGUGGUCCAGGGCUUAUUUGAAUGUAUAUCACCUGUUCUCACCUUGGUAUAGCAUGCAGCUUCUUAGCCUACAGCUUCUUUCCUGCUC